GGCAGAAAUAUGCAACACAGCGUCUAGUCUGCCAGAAAUUCACACGAAGAACUCCGGAACCACACCUGUGUGGAAGCACCUGCUUUCAAUAUACUUUGCAUCCAAAAUUUACGAUGAGGCGUCAGGUUUAUGGGUGACUGACUCUGCUGUGGGGGAAUCUAAAGGCAGAAAUCUUCAAAGUGCCAGAAAGACAGACCGUGUCUGGACCCAGGUCAUCACUACUGUACUUCUGCUGCUGCUCUCACUAAACUACCAAGACAUGGUCCUCUGGAGUCUACUCCCCAUCUCCCUCUCCUUGGUGUCUCUCAUUGGCACAUGGGUGACGUAUGGCCUGGCAUACAGCUAUGACCAUGUGUGUUCCCUCAACAACUGGGCCCCCGGGAACCCCUGCGGAAACAAUACAACUAUGGCAUGUUGUCAAGUUCCCACCAUAAGCACGAGUGGAACAAGCUCACCAGAAAACUCUUUGUUCACAGCCACCAUCAAUGCUGCUUCAUUUCUGUUUAUGGUGUUCUGUAUCUUCCACCAUGCUCACAUCUUGGAGAGGAACAGUAUCCACUCCAUGCUCAGUAGAAUCGCCCUGGUGUUUGGUGGAGUGGCAGCCGUCGGGGCCUUCGUGGCUGGGAACUGCAAUCCCGAGUACCUAACACUGGCCCAUUACCUGGGGGCUGCGGUAAGCUUCCUGUGUAUCUGUUUCUACAGCCUGCUCCUCACGGUGCUCACAGGGAAGUGUGUUCUGACCCGGAUGGAGUGGUUCCUCUACCCAGCACGGGUCAUGUCUACUGCGGUCCAAAUCAUUGUCACUAUUGGCUAUGCAAUCUUGUUUGUACAGGAGGAAUACAUGUACAAGCACUCAGCGGCCGUGUUUGAGUGGAUACUGAGCGUCAACCUGGAGCUGUUUGAGCUCAGCUUCGCUGUUGAAUUCUGUUUCUUCUCCUCCUCCAUGUUGUGUACACUGCUGGGGAAGAAAGAUGAGGAGAAGCCUAUCCUUCUGGCCUGAGAAGAUGAGAUGCUACUGGGCUGGGGGACCUACUGUAAGAGACACUUGGGUCAUGUGAUGCAUGAAAUGGAAGAAAACGUUCCAAAAUGGAGAGACCAGCUGGACUUGUCCAUUAAGUGUCGGUUAAAAAAAAUGUCACGUUGUGCCCUAAUGCAAUAACCCAGUAGUUUACAAACGGUUCUAUGUUGUGACUGAUCUAAAGCUUGUGGAAUUGGACCAACCAAGUAAAGGGAACAAUUGUUUGUAACCGGUUCUGGCUGCGACCAAAAAAUGAAUCAGCUGAAUCGUCCACGACCCACCGUUUGGGGAAACACUGACCUAGUGGCAUCAAAGAUGGGGAUCAAACAUAACCUUGAUCUCAUUCUCAGACCAAGUCUUAUUAUUGAGGAUGGUUUUUAAUUUUUUUAAUCAGGACUGAAAUCAUUUUUCUUAUGCAAGCCCCUAAAUACAAAACGAAAGAUGAGUUAUUCGGGUCACAACAAAUCUAAGUAUUUCUGAAAGCUUUGGAAAAGUAAAACUGUCCAUCCUACAACUUUCAUAGCCACUGAUGGACCAAUACCAGGACACCUUAGCAUUUGAGUAGUAGUCACUGUAAGUACUAAAAUCAUUAUUUCUAUUCUCAUGUUCUGAAUUGAUCAAGGUGAAAUUUCCUAUUUUAUGGGCCAUGGAGAAUUGUGAAUUAUGUUAUUCUUUCAAUGUUUUGUCUAUAUGUCUAAAACGUAAAGUCUUCGGGGCAUUACUAUGCCAGGCAACAACAGAAAAAAGUUGUAUAAAAAAUGUAACUGUCUGCAAAGUGAAGUAUUGAGGUGUAAUGUUGUGAUGGAAUCUGAGGCCAGUAAUCUCUUGACAGCUUUAACAUUCAAAUGAUGAUCAAGUCAUUUGGUUAUUGGUGUGGAGAUUAGAAGCCAGUGAUGAUUCUAAACCUUUGUGAUAGAACAGGUGAUGUAAUGUGAAGGAGGCAGGAAAUUCAGGCAGGUGUCUGUCUUUUGUGAUAGAUCAUUCUGGAAAGCUUUUUGAUGGCAGAACAGCUGGUUGUACAAGUUUUACUGCAUACAUGGCAGAUGAGAGAAGAACCAGAACAAAAGCAAUCCUUCAUCCAGAAACAAUCUAACUGAAAAUGUUAUGAACAGAACAAAUUUCUUAGCAAGGCAUAAUACUUUGUAUUUGUUCCUUUCUUCUUAUGUAUCGGUCUCAUUUUCUACUGCUUUUCUACAGUGUUCCUAUUCAGGCAUUUGUGCAACGAUGAUUCAGACUUGUUUACAACAACAAUAUAUCAUGGACUAUAUAGUUACAUCUUAACAAAGUGGUACAUAAAUCAAUAAAUAUAUAACGAAAUAGUGACAAACUGAUGUUUACUAAGGGUAGAAAUAAAUAAAAGCAUUUAGCCUAAUUAAGUAUGAAAAUAUCAACUUGGAAGGUUUCCUUAAAAGGCUCUUAAUUUCUGGAGGCAUUUCUUUUGCCAAGCGUAAUUGAGUACUAAAACGUGUGUAAGAUCAAAUGUAAUCAUUGUUGUAUUUGUGAUUCCUCUGCAGGACUGUCCCUGAUAUCACACACUUUAUGACAAGAUCUAGUCGUCACAUCCCUUAAGCUGUCAUAUCAGUGACGUGAAAACUUCUUUGACAAGUUCAACCGCAUGGUUUCCGCAUCAGCACACCUCACUCCAGGAUCUAUCAUGUGUUUAUGUAAUGCUCCAAAGGGGACAGUGUGUAGGCGGUUCGUUAUAGGUGUGUGUGUGUGUGUGUAUGUGUGGGAAUGCAGGCAGGAGUCAGUGAAAAACAUGUAAUGUCAACAUAUCUAAGGGGAGUCUGACUUAGCUAUUCCCGGGGUAUACUGUACAGAGUUGGGGUCAAUUCUGGGGUCAACCCUGAUACUGUAUAUGAGUUGUGUCCACAAAAACAUCCCCCUUGCCUCACUCAUAUGUGGGAAGAUGUGGAAACAAGUAGUGCUGACUCUUUACGCUUGCUCAAUUGUCUGAGGAAAUGUACAAACACAAUGAAUGUCAAAAACGUGCAUACCUUUGGAACACAAGUAUUAAGUGUUCUUAGAACACAGGCAUGACUCAUAUCAGUGGUGUUCGGUACAGUAGGUGUUGUCCCAUCAUUAUAUAAUUACUAUGGCAUUGUGGGGUGUUAACAGUUAUUGGCUCCCAGGUGGUAUUUGCGUGGGGACAGGUGUGUACUGUAGGUGCACAGGUAACUCUGGUGGAGUUUGAACCGGAGAUGUUUGGGAAACCUAGUCAUUGUGUUGUUGACUCUCACUGUGGACUGAUAGCUGUCUGAAUUUUAGGGUCUUGGAAGAAUGAAUGUCUGUUGGGUGUGUGCACUGGCUGAGGAUGACUUAGGAAUGUACAGAACAAGAAGUACUUGAAAUGGAUUAGCCUACUUUAUGUACAAAGGGUGCAUGAUUAUAAAAAUAUAUAUAUAAAUAGGUUUUUAUUGUCACUUCCCCCAGAUAGGUGCAGUGAAAUGUGUUGUUCUACAGAGUUAGCCAUAGUAGUACGGGUCCAUUGGGGCAAAUUAGGGUUAAGUGCCUUGCUCAAGGGCACAUUGGCCGAUUAUUCACCUUAUCGGAUCAGGUAUUCGAACCAGCGACGAACACUCCAACCGCUAGGUAAGCAAUAUGGCAAGGUGAAACUACUAUAUCCAAGCCUUUGAGAUCUACAUACAUUGUAGGGGUAGGGAACGAUCUGGAUUUCAACAUAGAGCAAAAGUAGAUACUGGGUGCAUUUCAGAUCCAGAUUCUGUGCAUUUUAUUGGGAGAUUAUAUGAUGUUCAUACAAUAUGUUUCCUGGGAUUGUUAUUAAACACUUCUACAGGCUUUGUACAGAUCUGAUUAUCUAUUCAGACCAGAGCGGUAUACUAUGUUUGAAUCAAGUUCUACCUAGGGUUUUCUAAAGCUAGCAGGCUACCAUCUUCACAUUCCAGCCCAGGCUUCAUCUACGUGCCGUUUAAGGGAUUGUUAAAUAAAUGUUAUAACUAUUUGGUUUUAAAUAAUAUCACCUCUUGAAGAGCAUAGUAGUCAGAACUACACAUUUCCGAUUAUUCCACAUUUAGCUAUAUCAUCAGUUGCACAGCAAGUAACUGCAUGCUUUUCAUGAUCAAUAAACAUCCAUUGAUCCUCAUCCUGAUAAAGUUGUCAGUCGGCCUACUGUCAUCACCACUAGAUGCCAAGCAAAUAUAGCAUAGCCAUCUAGUUUAUCCCCUGAAAGUUAACUUGUCUAACUUGCCAUAUGCAUGUGAUCUGUUAUCAUGUUUGUCAACAUGAAUCGUGAUUUAAACACUCAAUGUUGAAAAGGGGAUAAAAUAAUGUUAGCUAACUUCACUAGUAGGCCUACGUUGGUUGGAGAAAAAAAUACAUGAGCACUACUUAACUUACCAAUAUGUUUAGCCAACUGUACAAGGUUUCUACCGGUAGCUUGCAUUGCAAACAUUAUGCCUAUAAGCUACCGUACAUCGGCAAAUGCGACAUUCUGCUGGCACGUUUUAGCGGAGCUUGGAGUCUCGUUGUCCCCCAGCAGGCAAAUCGAACUCUCUCCACUUUAUAACGACCACGAAGCGUACUCCAGCAGGUUUAGGAGCGCGGGCAUGUCGCAAGUGGCUUGACGAACGCUGAACUGUUCAUUGCCACAAUGCUGACACAUCAACCUAUGGGCGACUCCGUGCCACAUAAAGACAAGUGUUCUUGAAAAUUCCGCAGACUAUGCUGUGAAAUGUUGAAGUGCCGUCUUUAUUUUAUUACUUAUCGUUCAUGCCUACUGUAAACUCUUUGGCAUGCUCAUCUAUGCACAAGCACAUUUUUUCACACCCAUAUUAAUAAAAUGAAUGUGUUAUGUCA